AUGAGAGCAUCCAAGCUCGAGCAGUGGGACCGGCCAGGAAAAUAUGUUCAAGUUCUCAAACCUGUACCAGGUUAUGGCGAGUGCCUUAUCGAGAUGAAAGCUGCUGGACUAUGCCUCGGUGAGGAAGCUGUCGUUCACCAUCUGAAACAUUGUGGUAUCUGCAACUUCUGUACUAGCGGUGCUGAGCAGCAUUGCGAGGCGUACAAAAGGGGAGAUGUCGUGUUGACUCGCGGUGCUGGUCUCGAUGGUGGGUUGGCCGAGUAUCUCGUUGUGCCUAGACACGAGCUGGUAUCCAUUGGCGACCAGGAUCCCGGCCUGUAUGCACCUCUCACCGAUGCUGGCGUCGCGGUUUACCAUGCGGUACAGAGCCUGGCCCAACUCGACUACGGCAAGCAUUGGCAUUGGCGCGCCGACAAAGUUGUUCUCUCAGACGCACCGACUGGGCCAAAACUGCUGGAUAUGACAAACGGCAACGGCAUCGACUACAUCGUAGACUUUGUCGGUAGCGGUCAAACCCUUGCUCUUGCGGCUAAGUUUUCUCGGCCACAAGGACGUAUUUUGGGAUGGAAUCACAUGGCGACAAGUUGCGAGUUUGCGCUCUCCAUAGGCUCGACACGUCAAGAUCUGGAGGAUGUCUGCCGUCUCGCUGCGGCUGGGAAGUUGAGGAUAAACAUGCAGAACUUCUCGUUCGAUCAGAUACAGGAAGCGCACGAUUCGUUGCGCGCUGGCAGACUUAGUGGUCGAGCAGUGAUUGUUUUCUGA